AUGGCCUACGAAACGACUGAUGAGUCUCCUGAUAGGUCGUGUACUGGCGGUAGCUUUUCAGAUACCAUCGCAGAUGGAAGUGACGGUCCGUCCGCAGAAACCGAGAUAUUCCGCUUUCGUUCUAUUCUUCAAGCUCCGACUGCAAUGACCAACGAAAAUGGGGAUCCUCCCUUGACCUACCUCAAUAAGGAACAAGUCUAUUACCUUACAAUUCUGGACUCGACGCCACCUGCAACAAGUGACAAGGUGAUCACAUACCGGAGUUUUGUUCGAAUCUCUUUCGAUCUUGAGCAGGCAAGGUCAAGCCCAGCAGCCUGCUGGAAAUUGUGGAAGGAAGGUCGAGGUAUGAAUCCAGAGCAACCACAAGAAGAACCAGCCUGUGCUGUUGAAUAUGCAGGCGGAGAUAGCCCCCAUUUCAAAAUUGAGCAAAAAUGCUUUGACGGAUUCUGUGUCACUUGGACUGCGGAUCCCUCCGCCGGCUUCAAUGCAUGCCAUAUACCGAUCUGGUUUAAUUUCUUAUCUACGGACUUUACGCGCUCCAAGGGGGUAAGGGGAAGUCCCGUUCGUCUCUGUGCUAAGACAGAGCAACAGACAACAUUUGAUAAUCUCCAAACUUCUCCAGAGUCGGAAGUUUGUUUUUGCAAAAUCCAAGUCUUCCGAGAUCACGGCGCGGAGCGAAAACUGUCCAAUGACCAUGGCAACCUGCAGAGGGGGAUCGGGAAACUGAGAAUGCGAAUAUCAAAUGCAGAAAUGGGAUGGGGUUCUAGAAAGCGCAAGCGUGGCAGGCCCGAUGUGAAGAACUUGAAGGGGUUGCCACCGGACUGUGUACCAGAGCAACUGAGCCAAGCUGGUUUACGGUCGAAAUUGGUUGGGUUUGAGAGAAUGGCGCUUUCCUCUCGGUCGUCGACUGUCCUUACACUCCGCGGGGACAAAGAAGAUGACCCUGACCUGUACCCGAUACAUUUGGUGGAUCAUGACUGUUGCAUCAAGACGACGCCUGUUGAGAAUCCCACUGAAAUAUCCACCAGGAGUGACGGUUCGGAGAUUAUGACGCCCCCAAGUUCCGUUCACUCAGGUACAGAGACUACGGCCACACCGCAACUGGUAGCUGAGGAUGAUCUAUCUGUCGGAUACAUCAAGGUAAAUCGUAUUGAUUUGACCGACCAGGUUCUGACGGGUCGUCCAAAACAAUCUUCAUUGCCUUUACUGACAUCUUUAGUUGCAUGUUUUUACGUUCGACUCUUGGAAGAUGAUAUCCACGAAUACUAUCGUGCGAUUUAUCUGUCGGAACGCACAGCCCCAGAGCUGGUAAAAAAGAUUUCCGAGAAGUAUGAUAUUGAACCAGUUGACAGCUUCAACUUGUUUCACAUCAAUGAAAAAAAGCUGAAAAUCAUGGUUGAUGAUGAAUUUGUGCAGCAAAUGGCAGAAGGCCAGAACAUGAGUGUUGAGCUUCAUCAAAAUGCAGAUACAAGUACAGGUGCCUGGGAAAUGUGGUUAUUAUACUGA